AUGUCACUUCAACGGUAUUUCAAGAAUCGAGAACGGCAGAGAUUCUUUUCGAUUAUCAAUUCGAGCUUGUUUGAAAGCAAAAACGUGAAAGAUGAAAUUGAAGAAAAAGUCAACGAGGACGCGCCUUCAACGAGCAAAAAUGAGGAUGCUGAACGUUCAUUUCAACCGGAAAGCUCGCUUUGCAUUUUCUUGGAAGCAACCGACGGGAUAUGGAGUGAAUGUGAUAGAGUCGCAGUUAAACCUCUCACCCAAAAGCUUCAAGAAAUUGUACUGCGAAGAAAUCUCCUGUUCGCAGUGAAUGCACAAAGGAUAUUUACGCCGCGUGUUUGCAAUCAUCAUUGGCGAUUGAUUUGGUUAAGUGAAGCUUCUUCUAUGGAAAAUCUUAGCCAAAAUCAAUGCCCAGAAGAACAGGAACAUGAAGAGGUUGUGAAUAUACAGAAUGGAAACGAAGAGCCAUCAAUUGAACUGCAACUGCAAAACGAAGAGGCAACUUUGAAAGCAUUGGAUUUUGAGCUCAACGACAAGAAACGAAAGCGGAAGUACAAACGGAAAAAUGGUGAACUGGAUGAUUCUGAUUCUGAUAACGAUCAACCAGGACAUUCCAAACUUUCACGCAUCGCUUCUCGACAUUUGGUGGAAAGCUUGAUUGAGUAUAGCAAAAAUACGAUUACUGCAUCAGAAGAAGUCGGCCAUUGUAAUGAGUGCAGCUACAAUCCAGAAGCUCCUUGUAAUGUGACAAGAUCUCUAACAUUUGACCAAGACAUCACAAAAACUCUAGCCGUUGAAGAAAAAAGAAAUACUGAAUUACGUCAGAGACUGGUAGAGAUAAGUACGAGACAAGAGCCAAUCGAUGCAGAAGAAGAUGAUGAUCAUGUGCUAUCGAUACUAUCCGCGGCUGCUUUGCGACGUUAUCGAAAACACUUCGAAAUCCCAACAAAACCCAGUGCCACUAAACACGCGAUGCUUGAGGGAGUGAUCUCACAUUUCGAAUCGAUGCCCGCAAAUGCCGGAGAGGCGAUCGCUCAUUUUAUUGCUGCCACGAGUCAAUCCGAGAAACGUCCUCAACCCUCUUUUUCAGUCUCAGCUCUCAACUCUUUCAACCGAUCUCGAAGAUUUCAA